CUCCGGCGCGGGGCGGCGGGGAGAUGCCCACGCAGCGGGACAGCAGCAGCAUGUCCCACCCGGGCCCGGGCGGCGGCGGCGGCGGGGGAGGGGGCGGCGGCGGCGGCGGGGACCACGCGCACCAGGUCCGGGUGAAAGCCUACUACAAAGGGGACAUCAUGAUCACACACUUUGAACCGUCUAUUUCCUUUGAGGGACUGUGCAGUGAGGUUCGAGACAUGUGCUCCUUUGAUAACGAGCAGCUCUUCACCAUGAAAUGGAUAGAUGAGGAAGGAGACCCGUGCACCGUUUCAUCUCAGCUGGAGUUAGAGGAAGCCUUUCGGCUCUAUGAACUCAACAAAGAUUCGGAGCUCUUAAUUCACGUAUUCCCAUGUGUGCCAGAGAGGCCUGGGAUGCCGUGUCCUGGAGAAGAUAAAUCCAUCUACCGUCGAGGCGCACGCCGCUGGAGGAAGCUCUACUGUGCCAAUGGUCACACUUUCCAAGCGAAGCGCUUCAACAGGCGAGCUCACUGUGCAAUCUGCACCGACCGAAUCUGGGGCCUCGGGCGCCAGGGCUACAAGUGCAUCAACUGCAAGCUGCUUGUUCACAAGAAGUGCCACAAGCUUGUCACCAUCGAGUGUGGGCGUCAUUCCCUGCCCCCGGAACCACUGAUGCCUCUGGACCAAACCUCUGUGCACUCAGACCACGUAGAGACAGUGAUUCCAUAUAACCCUUCAAGUCAUGAGAGUUUGGACCAUGUCGGGGAAGAAAAGGAGGCGAUGAACACUCGGGACAGUGGCAAAGCUUCGUCCAGUCUGGGUCUCCUGGAUUUCGAUCUGUUGCGUGUAAUAGGGAGGGGGAGCUAUGCCAAAGUACUGUUGGUGCGACUGAAAAAGACUGAGCGCAUUUACGCCAUGAAAGUCGUGAAGAAGGAGCUGGUCAAUGACGACGAGGACAUCGAUUGGGUGCAGACAGAGAAGCACGUCUUUGAACAGGCAUCCAACCACCCCUUCCUUGUGGGCCUGCACUCUUGCUUCCAGACAGAGAGCAGAUUGUUCUUUGUGAUCGAGUAUGUGAAUGGAGGAGACCUCAUGUUUCAUAUGCAGCGACAGAGGAAACUCCCAGAAGAACAUGCGAGAUUUUAUUCUGCAGAAAUAAGUCUAGCACUAAAUUACCUUCAUGAACGAGGGAUAAUCUAUCGAGACCUGAAGCUGGACAAUGUGUUGCUCGAUUCCGAAGGACACAUUAAGCUCACUGACUACGGCAUGUGUAAGGAAGGAUUGAGGCCAGGAGACACAACCAGUACUUUCUGUGGCACUCCCAAUUACAUUGCUCCUGAAAUUUUACGAGGAGAAGAUUAUGGGUUCAGUGUGGACUGGUGGGCGCUUGGCGUGCUGAUGUUUGAGAUGAUGGCGGGAAGGUCUCCCUUUGAUAUUGUUGGGAGCUCUGAUAACCCUGAUCAGAACACAGAGGAUUAUCUCUUUCAAGUGAUUUUGGAAAAGCAAAUUCGAAUACCCCGCUCUCUCUCGGUCAAAGCUGCGAGUGUUCUGAAGAGUUUUCUGAAUAAAGACCCAAAGGAGCGUUUGGGCUGUCAUCCUCAGACGGGGUUCGCUGACAUUCAGGGACACCCGUUCUUCCGCAACGUUGAUUGGGAUAUGAUGGAGCAAAAGCAGGUGGUACCUCCCUUCAAGCCGAAUAUUUCAGGGGAAUUUGGUUUGGACAACUUCGAUUCCCAGUUCACUAAUGAACCUGUCCAGCUCACUCCAGAUGAUGAUGACAUUGUGAAGAAGAUUGACCAGUCUGAAUUUGAGGGCUUCGAGUAUAUCAACCCCCUCUUAAUGUCUGCAGAAGAGUGUGUCUGAUGGGCUUCCUUCCUUUUGCCUGUGUUGUCCCAUAAUGCAUGGAUAAACAAGUUACCAGUUUGGAUGCAACCAUAUAGAAUAAGCUGAGCAUUUUCCAUUUGCCAUCUAUUGUGGCACACUCGGUAUCAGUUAUCCCUGAUUGUAAUGACCAAAUGAUCAUAUUUAAGUUCAACUGCAAGAAAAAACCAGAAACCCAUUCCGGAGACUCGGGGAUUCCUGGAUGGAUGGAGUUGUAACCUAGCAGACAGCUGCUGGAGUUUAGGGGGUGCUGGAGUAGUGGUGGCCCUCAUAUAGCUUGCUAAAGGCAGCCAAGUCUCCUCUUGGUUUAAAAGAAACACUUGUCCUGCUUUGAAAGAGGACCUGGCUCGUGGCAGUCAGACACACUGUGAAAUGGCAUCGUCUCAGCCUCUCGGAGUGACGUUAGUCACCGGCAGCAGCGAUGGUGCUGGCGGUGGGGAAGCCUUUCGCUGUGGGAGGAGUAAAAUGGCUUCGAAAUACCCUCUCCUGUCCUUUAUCUCUAGGUGUUCCGUUUUAUGUUUCUGACUUGUCACUUUACGACAGUCCUUAAAUCUGUGGGUCUAAGAAAGAUGCUGCUUCCUUAUCUCUCCAGAACACUAGACACACUCCAGUAAGCCGUCAGUCAGUGGGCUUCGAGGCCCGCUUUGUUGGGGUCCUGAGGGAAGAGGGAGUGCACUUCCCAGACUUUUGGCCAGAAAGAUACAUAUACCUGAGGCAUCAGUUCAUGAGGAUGCAGAGGAGCUAGGCUACAACCAAGGGAAGGCAGAUAGAAAAAGUAAGUGGUUGAUGUUGGGGACGGUAGAAGAUAAUACUUCUUUUUCCCCCCAAGGGAAAAAUUCCACAGUUGGGUUUGUUUUUUUUUUGAUUCAGUGACAGUUUCUUUGAGGCAGUUGGAAGAGCAAGGAGAAAUGCCUCUGUUUCCAAACUUGCAAAGACUUUACUUUUAGCUGGUGGAAUUGGCAUACAUUGAAAAACAAAUCCUUUGCAACUUGUAGAGGAGACACUAUCUUCCAACUGAGGCAGCUUAAUUAGAGUUUUCUUGAGAAUUAGCAUAUGAAUACUUGCCGAUUUUUCUCCAUGAAAUCUUCCAUGAGAUCCGAGAAAAAUGAUUAUAAUAAACGUUAGAGAAAACUGGCCAUUAUUCUGGCCCACUCUGGAUUUUAUAAACUCUUAUUAUGUAGAUAACAGAUAUAAUAUAGAGUAAGAAGGCACACUCUUUAAGCUAUUUUUGAAUAAAUAUUAAUAUGUUUGAGAAAUUUAUUGGCCGAAUAAAUGCCAAAAGCAUCAUCCUUUCAUUAUUUUUUGAGAGUGUAAUUUGGAAGCUGGAAUAACUCCAUGCAUCGAAAUUGCCUAUACAUUCCCAACCUUAUUAAAAAUUUAAUUGUGGGAAGGCAGUCAGAUGUGGUCCUAAAUUCAGAAUGACUUUAAGCAAUCGGUCCUAUACAUUUUACGAAUUUUUCUUCUCCUCUUUUCUUCUUUAGAAGCCAUAUAGCAUUAGAGAUAUGCUUUCACUCAGUCCCAUUGUCUCUUUAUUUUUCCUAUGCCCAGCCUGCAUGGAGAAAUUCCAAGAAAACGAAAUUAUGAUCUAAAGGUAGCUUUUUUGUUUUUUUUUUAAAUUAGGUAGUUAAAAAUCUAAAAUGAGUUUUGAAGAUCUCGAGGGUUUGUCCUAGGUCAUCGAUGGGGAAAUCUGUCGUCGGAAGGUGGUGUGAUGGCCUUGAGCUCAGAGUGGUGAUGCUUCCUCUGCCCCUAGGGUGGUCUUUGUCUUUGUCCCGUGACCUGAUUUCAGAAAUGCUGUUGGGUACAACAUGGCUGGGGCCAGAAGCGCAGUUACUGUUUUCAUCCGCUAAUUUAAAGGCACACGAGUGAUCAGAGUCUUCAUUUUGACAUGUCUGCACAAAACGGAGCCGUUUCCUACCAGUCGUAUGACAGGCAAUGGGCAUUUUUCUGUGCUAUGGCUUUAACCUCCAGGGGGGCCUUUUGUUUUAAUCUCAUUUUUUAAAAUGAAUAAGAUGUGUAAAUUUUAUACAGAUCGCCGUCGCAAAUACGUUCUCAUUUAUUUUUGCUUUUCCACAACCUUUUAAGUGCCGUGCCAAUUUUUUUUUUUAAACCUUUUGGUGUCAAGGCUGUCUCAAAAUUAUUCAGCAGGGAUAUCAGGCAUUGGACAGUCAGAGUAGUUGGAAUUUGGGGUUUCUAGGAACUAAGAUUUGUUUUUCAUAAGCAUGACGUGUUUGUGGGGCGACCUCAUUUUAUUUGUGUGAAGACUGGACUCCAGCGACUCUGCUUGUUCAGUACUAAUGCAAUCGACAUGUUUUCUUUCAUGUGAAAUACUCAAAUAUCCUGUAAUCUGUAUUUGUGCACCUUUUUUUUUACUUUGUCUUUAAAUAAAAUGUUUAUAAUAGUC